AUGAUAGAUGAAGAAGAACUCGAUGUGCCCGAUGAAGACGACGAAGGAUACGAGAAAUUUGAAAAGAAUCUCAAAAAACGAGAUGCACUAGCUUUGCGCUAUAUUCAACAAGGAGUUGGGAAAACCAUAUUCCUCCGUAUUUUUGGAGUAAAAAAGGCCCAAGAUGCUUGGGUGAUACUGAAACAAGAAUUUCAAGAUAAGUCAAAAAGGCAAUGGUAUCUUGAUAGCGGUGCUAGCAACCAUAUGAGAAGCAAUAAAGAUAUGUUUGUGGAGAUCAACUCGGACAUUACUUCAACCGUUGUUCUUGGAGAUGGUUCUUAUCAAGAUGCGAAAGGAAAAAGAAUCAUUGCAGUUCCAACUUUGGGAGGUAACAAAAAGCUUAUCACAAAUGUUCUAUAUGUCCCUAAUAUCUCAUAUAAUCUUCUUAGUAUUUGA